UGAAAAUGGAUGGUAAAGUUGCUUGUGAGCCUCAAAGACGGUCACACUUGAGCAUCGCGAAGAGUAGCAUUCAGUCGCUUUUGAGUCCUUCUGGUUGAGACCGAUUUUGGAAUCUCGGUGAGGAUGCCUCUUCUUCACGUUGUUUUGCUUGUUUCUCUGCAAGUGUUUUGCACCAGAGCCUGGGUGUCGCACAAAUGCCUGCUGUUAUAUGAAGAUAUUUUAUACAAAACCGACGCAAUACACUUCUUCAGAAACUGCCCGCGCAGAAAUGCCACAGUUGUCUGCUCGGAUGUUUCUGACAUCAAGCUAGAUCUAUCUGCUAUCAUGGUGGACAUGGAAAUUCUGUGUCUUUGGAUUAGCAAUGGAACAUCACUUCAGCCAGCAACCUUCACUAAAUUUCACAGUCUCGGGAGCCUGUAUAUCGAUGGCUGUCUGUCUGCAAUACACCCAGAGGCCUUCAGGGGACUGACCAACCUGCACCUACUCUCCAUGACCUGCACAGAACGCUGCAAUCCAUCAGUACCAUCUAAGGUAUUUCAUGAUCUGUACAAUCUGGAGGAACUGAAACUUGAAAACUAUGUUCUAUCAGAAAUGGCAGCAGAUGUUUUCGAUGGAUUGAGUCAGAUGAAAAGGUUUGGUGUUAAAGGAGAUAUGAACUUCUCAGACCUGCUCUGUAAACUGUCAUAUUUUUCAGCCUCACUUGAAUACUUAAGUAUUGAAAUGCAUGUGGAGACCUUAACAACUCCAAAUUGCUCUUAUGGCCCAAUCCAGUUUCCUUCUCUGAGAAAUGUAACGUUUUCAUUUCCACAUGUCAAGAGAAUAGAGAGAAGUGCUUUCAAAGCCAUAGUGAAGGUAUCAUUAUUAAGCAUGCCAAUGAGUGAUGUGCUCCAUGCUCAACUCGCACACUCUGGAAUCCAGCAAAUUGAAGAGAUGAAUUUGUACUUGACAGAGAUGAACAUACAGUCUAUCUGUGAACUUGCACUGGCACUGUCUGUCACCACUAUUCAUUUGCAUUUCAAUACAUUACAAGAAUACUCAGAGUUAUCAUGGGGAAAAUGUUACAAGCUGGAAAGACUUACACUUGAAGGACAUAAUCUGACAAAUAUUGAUCUCAGCUUCAUGUCCACUUUAAAAAAUGUUGUGGUCUUCAACAUCAAUUUAUACGGUGAACGCACCCCUCUUGAAGAUGAAUCUCUGAUGACUCUUUGUACAAGACAUGUUCCUUUAACACAGCUGAAGCAUUUUGCGUACAGUACUCAACAGUACCUGAUACUCAGAGCCAAACAAUUAGCUUGUCUUAGUCAACUGGAAAGUAUGGUGUUGAACGGAAAGUUGACACGGAUUGAGAGAUUUGCAUUUGAAGGACUUGGCAAUGUGCAGCAUCUGCACAUCUGGAGAGUUCCCUCCUCUGAAGUACUGCACACUAAAACUGAGAACGUCGUACAUAAUCCCACUAUCCUAGAUAUGAGCAAUCCGAAUUAUAUACAUGUAACGAUUGAAAAUGAUGCCUUUCAUGGACUGUCAGGGCUUCGUGUCUUAGUACUGCAAAUACACAUUUUAGUAAUAAAUACAAGAUGUUUCUCGGGUCUGGAAAAUUUACUUGAUUUAGAACUCUUUUCAUGCAGAAUUCAAACCAUUGAAGAUUUUGCGUUUGCAAAACUUAAGCAGUUGAAAAGAAUUACUCUGAAAGAAAACGAAAUAUUGAAAAUAUCAAGGAACACUUUCAAUGGACUUCAGAAUUUGGAGACUUUGAUCCUCGACAAAAAUCACUUACAGGACUUAGAGGACGAAUGCUUUGCCCAUUUGCCCUCCCUUAGGAUUCUCCAUCUUGGGAAUCUGAAGCUUCCCCACACUGAGCCCUUUGGAAUGCAAGUUCUCAACCUGAGUCUCAUCUUUGGGGGCUUCCCUCGCAACCUGUCUGAACUCACCAUCACAUCUGCUGUGCGCCCUAUGACUUUGGUCAUCGCUGAUGACAGCGCCCCAGACGUGGGCCUGAGUCUCACACUGUCCAGCGAGAAGAUUGUUUUACGGGGUUGUGAGACACGCUUUCUGAAAUCUGUUGUCAGACUUGAAGUCUCUGCUAAUCAGUUCUUGUGUGCGCGGGACCUCACUGUCGCCCUUCAGCACUUCACUUCUGUGACACAUCUGAAUUUCGGCCAGUGGACCACUGCCAGUACUCAGGAUCUCUCCGGCUUGAACAAACUGGUGCAUUUGGAGAGCCUUAAACUGGCUCAUGUGGAUUUCUACAAUCAACCUGGUUUCAGUGUCAUGUUUCAUGGCUUGAUGAAACUUGAGAGUCUGGGUCUUUUUAAUUGUUUAGUGGAUUCCCUCGACAGAGUCAUAAGUGUGGACAUGAGGUCCCUGGAAUAUUUGUGCCUUUUUAUUUCGUCUGAGACCACUCUAUCCAAGCACUUCUUUGAGCCCUUGCACAGCCUAAGAUUUGUUGCCCUCUUUGACCCACGGUUGAUCUGCAACUGUGAAAACUCCUGGUUCAAUAGCUGGGCAGAGCAGGAGGCUCCAAUAGGAGUGUUCGUUGCCUCAAAGCAGCAAAGAGCACUGCAGUGCCUUAAUGGGGACAGGCUCCAGGACUUGGAGCAGUACGGUCUGGCCCACUGCAGGCUGGAGGUGGGGUCUCAGCUCUUCCUCAGCACCACGGGCCUCCUGUUGCUCUUUAUCCUGACCGUGCUCGUGUACCAUCUGCGCAGCAACACCAGAGGGCGCUACUACCAGUAUGAUGUCUUUGUGUCUCACGCUGAUAAGGACGAGCGCUGGGUGAUGGAGGAACUCCUGCCCAACCUGGAGCGCAGGGGACCCCCAUUCCUGAAGCUUUGCCUGCACAGCCGGGACUUCCAGCUGGGGAAGGAUAUUGUGGAGAAUAUAACUGACAGUCUGUACAGAAGCCGCCGCACCCUCUGCCUGGUCAGCCGCCACUACCUGCGGAGUAACUGGUGCUCCCUGGAGAUGCGGCUUGGCACCUACCGGCUGCAGGUGGAGCACAGGGAUGUGCUGAUCCUGGUGUUCCUGGAGAAGAUCCCUUCUAACCUGCUCUCUGCCCAUCACAGGCUGGCCCGACUCGUCAAGACCAGGACUUACAUAGAGUGGCCUCAAGACCCAGCCCAACAGGGGGCAUUCUGGGACACAUUAUGGGACAAGUUAGUGCCAGAGGUGUCCCAGUGAAUUCAUCACAAAAAUGUUUUUGCUCCUCACAAUGAGACAUUGUAGUUAGAUUGAGCUCCCAUGACUUUAUCU